AUGGCAUCCUCACAACCGUCCGCCGAAGACAAGAAACGGCUCCGAGGUCUGAGCCGGCUGCUCAAGAAGCGCGAGAGAACUCCAGAGCGGCCCUCCAAUCUAAGUGACUCCGCCUAUGGCAGCAGCGAGGCCAACAGUGCCGACGGGGCCCAAGGGAGAAGCAGUCCCGACAUGGUGCAUGCCGAGAAGGACAGUGAAAUUGCCAACAUCGACCAAGACCGAAACCUUGCGCUACGGCCCUCGACCGGAGAAGUCUUUGACGAAGAUACCGGGGAAAUAGUGACGGUGGUGACGACAACCACAACCACGACCACGACCACCACUACAAGAGGCGGCAAGAAACAACAACAGCAAGACGUGCAGAAGGACGUGAGACGAGAAGUCCAACCGGGGUCAGGCCGACCUCCUCUGUCGGAAAUGCCUGGAGGGGAUCCUGUGCCUUCUUCGCAACCGCAACCACAAACACAACCUGCAGUCACUUCUUCCACCAUCAGUACCUCUGCAGACGGCCGACCGGCGCCGUUGCCGCCGAUCAAAACAGGAGAAAGAUUGCGGACCGAGUCGCCGCCAAUUCCAGCCAAAAGUGCCCUGCGCAGGUCCGGUGAAAUCAUACGAGAGACACCUCGAGACGGGACUGUCGCUGGCACAGGUCCUGGCCCCGGCCCCGGCGCCUUUGUUGACAACCAUAACCAUGGUGGUGGGUACAACAACCAUGGGCCCGUGAGUCCUGUUGUUGACGCACCAUCCACGGCCCGCCCGGGCACGGGUCCAGGCAUGAGCACGGGCGUGACACCUCCAUCCAGUCCGUCGAGACCCAACUUCAGUUAUCCCAGCCGAUCGUCACUGAGGACGGCCGACCAACCCAUGCGCCAUAAUCAAACCACAAUUGAUGAUUUGAAGGCUGCGGCCAAGGGGAUUCAUGGCGUAGGAGAAACCCUCCGCGGAACGCUCAACUCCACCAUCGACCGCCGCUUCCCGUCCAAAAAACCGGAAAAGGCGGCCCGCAUCAACGCCCACAACGAAGAAGUCUUGGAACGCGGCCGUGCCGAGAUCGAAGGAAUCCCCGGAGGAUGGCCGGCCCAUGACGACGAGCUUGAUGAAACAGCACCACCGACAACGGCCCCAAUGCCACCCACGUCUGCAGCAGCACCAACGAUGACCUCAGCAGUCCCAGGCGCACGAACCCGAUCGCGCGAAAAGGACAAGGACAAGGACAAAUCGGGGGGUCUCGGCAAACUGUUCAAGCGGAAACCCGUGCCUCAGGACCAAAGUCUGGAAACGAGGUGA